GACAGCUGCCUUUGUGUUACUAUGACGAGCUGAUUAAUACAAUCUAAUCACGAUUAGAUGAGAGCUGAACACAAGAUUUCUGCCCUGACUGCCACUCACUGCCAGAGCCCGAGCGUGGUUUUCCAGGGAAACUGGAAAUGUGAAGCUUUUCAACAGCUACAGCAGCCCGCGGCUUAAAGAGCGACGGUCGCCUCAGACAGAUUCUUCUAGAGACAACCCAGCACAACGGUCAAGAGCGGGGAGAGAACGCCACACUGCCAGCGUCCAUCAACACCAAGUUUCGACCAUGUUUGACCUGAAUCUGAGAACGGGUCUUGCAGAGGCUUCAUCAGUUUGAUUUGAGCGCUCAGGAACAUCUGCUCCUUACAGGCAGACACACAAUGGGAAGCCUGAGGGACGAGACGCGAGGUUUUGGCAAAGAGGACGUAGAGCAUUUGCCAGAAGAUGCCGUGCUUGAGAGGCCCGUGGUGGGCACCAAUCAAGAAUCUGCAGGAGGAGUGUCGGGUCAGACAGAUCCGCUUCAUAAUACGAGCCAUGCUGAUGAUGAAAGCUGCACCAAUCAAGAAUCUGCUGGAGGAGUGUCGGGUCAGACAGAUUCGCUUCAUAAUACAAGCCAUGCUGACGAAGAAAGCUUUGUGGAAACAAAAGAUGAAUCACAAUCAGGGCAGGAUGUUGAGCACACCGACGCGCCACCGAUGCUUGACGGAACAACAGCAACCGAGAGGCUCCUCCACUGUGGAGACGAGACAAUUGAAAACGUGUCUGAAGACAACACCUUGUUUCCUUUGCCAUCAACUGUGGAUCCCAAUGACCCAAACUCCCCUGCUCCUUUCGGGCAGCACCAUAUGCGCACUCAGGUCAGUCUGGAGGUGGUCCAAUGUCACUCAAUAGCCACCAGCCCUAUGACACCGCCUGGGGGGGGGAAUUCCUUCAUCUUCCCAAGCUCCUUGAGGAAAUCCGGCACCGUGGUGCACUCUGAUGCUCAAGAUGCUGAACCGCAGGCGGGUCGACAAGUGGAGUUCUGCUCGGUGGCGACAUCCCCGAUGACGCCAAAGACGCCCUCCGUCACAGCUUUCCCAGUACUUACUGGGCGCGCACAGAUCACGGCUACAGCAAAGAGUCCGGCAGAAGCUCAGUCUGAUGACGUCAUCAACUCGGAUGCUUCUCCAGAAAUCUCCGCCUGUUCUGCUGCUGCUGAGUCACAGUUGGAGGAUAGUAACCAGCAGUGUCAGCAACAAUGGAUGGGAAGUAUGGACCAAGACAUUACAAUCCUAGUGACCCACUACGAUAACAAGGAGGCUUGUUAUCCUGUAACGCCAGAGAUGGUCAAGAUUGAAGAAAUUCAUAACACGGAAGAGAAGGCCUCCGAAGGGCCCGAUCAGGGACAGAACACCACAAGCACAAAACCUUCUCUUAGCAAAGUUCAAAGCAGUGAAGCAGAGGGAGAACAAACACCUUUAACUGUCAAACUCAACAAAAUGGAGCAGAAAGCUGCACCGAAGUCUCCUGUCCCUGAAUCUCCUGCGCCUGUCGGCUUCCACAACAUCCGCACACAAGUGAGUCUGGAAGUGGUGCAGUGUCACUCAGUGGCCACCAGCCCUAUGACCCCACCUGAGGGCGAUCACGCCUUCCACUUCCCAAGUCCUAGCGGGGUUCAGAUUAAAGACGGAGAGAUGCAAGUCGGUCAACAACCGGAGUUUCGCUCUGUUGCUACAGCGCCGAUGACGCCCAGAACGCCCACCGUUACAACUUUCCCUGAGAUCAGAAAAGAGGCCAGCGUAGGGGAGAACAUUGGGGAGGAGGAGGAGGGAGAAAAAGAAGCAACUGAGGAAGAGGAAAACGACUGCAAGGAGAAGAGCGAGGAGGUGGUGCAGGAGGUGAGCUGGGACGACAAGGGCAUGACGUGGGAGGUGUACGGGGCUGUGGUGGAAGUGGCCGUGCUGGGCUCGGCCAUCCAGAAACACCUGGAGAAACAGGUGAAGAAGCAAAAGAGUUCCUUGCCUCCCCCUCCGCCCCUAAACCCCUCGGCCAUGCCGCUGACUCCCGAGGCCGUCCAGGGGUACGGGAGCCGGGCGGCUCAGAGGGGAGAGCGAGAUGACAAGCACUUCAGACUUGAGCAUGAAACCAUGGCAACAAGUUCCCCGUCUCCCGGUUGCUAACAGGCUGCAUGGAUGGAGAUGGAUCUGAGAGUCACGGCCCUGAGGUCGAUAAGUAAAACCGAGAGGUCAUGUCGUGUGGGAUAUGAAAUACAUAUGGAUUUACUGUAAAAGUCGGUGCAGCUUUUGUAUGUUUCCUCGUACUCUGCUUUUUUUAAUUUGGCACCAUUUUCCGACUUAUUUUGUGGAAAAGUGAGGCACAAAAGCACAAUCAUAAACUUUAGUUAUGCAAAUGUUUUCUGUCAUUCUCACUGCGAUAUUGGCCAGUGCUACUUGUUUAGCUGUUGAAUUAAUUAUUGUAUCUUAAACAGUUCCGUUUCUGAAUUGUUGGUCUUUGAUGUUUUUUGUGAAGACAAUUAGAAACACAUCUACGUUUGAGGAAUGUGUUUAUUCAUUUAUUGCACUUGUAAUACAUUCAUUUAGAUGUGACCAAAUAUCUUCUGUGCUCACGCUGCAUGAUGCAAAACGUCAGUAAAAAAACAACAUACAUAUACCAUUUUGUCAGAUAAACAAUUGGGUGUCAUCCAUUUCAAUACACUUUUGUUGUAUUGUGUUUAAAGAUGGCAUCACAGUGUGCGUUGCUACUAUGACACACUUAAUUUCAAAGCAAAACAAGUUUUCAAAAAUUACUGCUUUAUGACAUAUGAACACAAAUAAAGCCAUUGCAGUGUGGACAAACCAUUUGUUUUCCUUUUUGU